ACACUGGGGCCGACUGCGGGGAGCCAGCGGGGUCCCGGCGGUCCCCCUAGCCCGUCAGUGGCGGCUCUCAGGCUCUGCCUGGCUUCGGCCCCGGGCUUCUCAGUCUUGCGUUUUUGCUUUGAUGGUUUUUAACGCUGCCUUCCAAGGGUUGAAAAGCGACGCGUGGAAACCCAGGGCCGCCUGCUUCUAGCUGAUUUCAAACCUAAACGGACUAAGGUGGAAGGCGCAAAGAGUAGUUUUCUUUUCGUGCAGUCCUUACUAUUCUACCCACGAUCGGAAGGCUCGCGGUGGCAGUUGUUAGCUCUCUGGAGAUAACGGCGCCCUUAAUUUUACUUUACUUUGUUUUUCCAAGACUGCGUUUCUCUGCGUCACAGCUCUGGGUGUCCUCGAACUCCCUGUCGACCAGGCUGGCCUCGAACUCAGAGGCCCGCCUUUCUCUGCCGCCCACAUGCCGGGCCCGCUGCAGUUGAUGAUGUCAAGAAAUUAAUUUGACAUCAUGCUGGGGAAACUUAAGCAUGACUCAAAUCCCUGUUAGAAGAUCGGUUUAAUGACCUAAAAUUUGUUGACCACAAUUUUACUUUUGGCUUGGAAAAGGUGUAUUUGCCCUGUUGGUCAAAAUGGCAGGUGAAGAAAUGAAUGAAGACUAUCCUGUAGAGAUUCAUGAAUCGUUAUCAGCCCUAGAGAGCUCCCUGGGUGCUGUGGAUGACAUGCUGAAGACCAUGAUGUCUGUUUCUAGAAAUGAGUUGUUGCAGAAGUUGGACCCACUGGAGCAAGCAAAGGUGGAUUUAGUUUCUGCAUACACAUUAAAUUCAAUGUUUUGGGUUUAUUUGGCAACUCAAGGAGUUAAUCCUAAGGAGCAUCCAGUGAAGCAAGAAUUGGAAAGAAUCAGAGUCUACAUGAACAGAGUCAAAGAAAUAACAGACAAGAAAAAGGCUGCCAAGCUGGAUAGAGGCGCUGCCUCGAGAUUUGUCAAAAAUGCGCUCUGGGAACCCAAACAGAAAAACACACCAAACGCUGCUAAUAAAGGAAAAAGUAAACAUUAAUCUUCUGGUUCUGAUGUACAUGUUUUCAAAAAGUACAUCGUUUUUAUCAGUUUACAGAAUAGGUAGUUAUGUGGCAAUGCAAGGUUUAAAUGGAUUCCUUUUUGAAUUCAUGUAUAAAUUUACACAUUAAAUUUGUGAUAAUCUUUUUUUUUUGCUGAGAAAGAUUAAGUUGUCUUUAUUGAUUUUUCAUAUAAAGCAUCAUGAUGUUUUUAAUAUUGUAAGGUAUUCUAUAAGCAAUUGUGAAAUCCAAAUGUUCUUUGUAAACAUUUGUAGUGCUCUAAGUGAAUAAUGAUAUUAUGAAGUGUGCUGUCUGUAGACUGGAGUUAUAAGGACAUCUGUUUUUACUAAUGCCGAUAAAUGUGAUGAAUUAAAUACCCACUUUGUUUUUCUGUUUUGUUAGUUCAACAUGUUUCUGUGAUUUUUGGAGUAAUUGCUUUCUUGGUAUUCAAAGUACAGAAUUGAAACCUUAAGGCUGCACUUUAAUUGUUCAUUUCCAUUUAAAAUAAAAUAUCCUUAUUAUCACUGAUGGGAAAUAGGGUUGUCUGACCUGGCCGGCUUUGGCUUGAUUCCCUCCUCCUCCAGGUUGUAGCUGUGUAACUCACUCGCUUCUUGCUAUCCACAGAGAAGGUAAAUGGGCUCUUUAGACGAGGAAGGCAGGUGUGAGAAAGAAGCUCCUCAUUCAUGAGUCACAUCCCCCAGUUUUCUGGUCUCGCUCUUAUAGAUGUUUUUAACUGUAUAUUUCCUAGGCCAUGCGUACUUAUGAAUAUUUUGAACCAACUUUCUUUAUUAAAUACUGCCCCUUAGCCACAGAAGGAAUCACAUUAUAUUUACAUUCUGAUUUAUCUUUCCAGAAUAUUAUUUGUCACAGAGAAUUACUAAACACUUUUGGUGACUGAGCCCAUAUAGCCUUGCUGCUCUCAGCCCCGUCAUCAUGUGUAGGAAUGCCAAGUAUAGCUAAGUUCUUUAAUUUUUGAGAGUAAGUGUUGUUGAAAUUGUCAGUGAUUAAUUUUUCACAACUAACUUUGAAUAUAUGAAUUUCUUGAUUCAUGGUAGCACAUUUUGAAAAUGAUCUUAAAUUAUAAUGGGCUUUGUAACGCGUGUUAAAAUUAUAGAUGCACAAAGUCUUAGCUCUGGUACCAGAUACUUUUUGAAGUACAAAAACAUUAAUGAACAUUUGUAGUUAUUUCACUCUUUGCCAUUUUAAUUCUCUGGAAUUUCUAGCUAGUUUUAAAGUAACUUCAUUAGAGAAAUAAGUGCUUUAUUAAGAUAAUUAUAGACUGGAUUCUUAAUGCUGUUCAUUGCAAAGAAACUUGUAUCUUGUAUUUCUUUUUUUAAAUUUCAUAAAAAAUUUUAAUGAAAAUUGUCACAUGAUUGCAGAUAAUUAUUAGCCAGUGUAUUUGUUUCUGAAAGUCCAGCUCUACAUCCCAUUAAAUUGGAGAUCUUUAAAUAUUUCUUUCAGUAUUUAUUUGUAGAAAUAAGAAUUCAAAUCUAUUCUGUUUUAUUACAUAGAAUGUGAAGUGAUUAUUAUAACAUACCAAGGAGCUAAAUGAUAGCAGUUAUUUGUUGGAUUAUUUGUUGGAUAAAUUAAUACACUGGUGUCCACACUGCCGAGUACCGUGCUCAGUCCUAGAGAUGAUGUCUGCAGCCCUCAUGCUGUUUUUAAGAAGUCUUGGAACAGUAGUCUUAUUUCAGAGUCCUGGGCAUUCUGGGAAAUGAUGCUCACUAGCCUGAUCCAGAGGUGGGCUCAUUGAAAGUAUAAAAUAGGUGUUGGUAGCAGUUUCUUUCAAGCACUGCUUUGCUCUGAGGGUAGGUGUUAAUUGUGCUUUAUGAUCUUGGGAAUCCACACAUCAGAGAGGUUGCAGCUGUGGUUAGUCUUAAGGUUAGAUUUGUAGAUACUAAUCCAAAUGAAAUCUCAUCUUUUAAAUAUUUUAAAUAAAUUUUUCUUCUUGUUCAUAGUUAAAGAGUGGGUAGUAGAAUAUGUUAAAUUAAAAUUUGAAGAUUACAUCAUGGUUUACAUUUCUGGAAUUAGGUCAUAUCAAAUACGUGGGUUUUUAAGAAACUGAACUAUUAAAAUCUACUCAGUUACUAAAAUGAACUGGUAUUAUUUCUAACUUCAGCUUUCAAAAUUGUUUAGAAACAUGAAUACUUCAGAAAUAGAUAGUGUACUGAAGAUACACAUACUUUUUUCUCUGAAGUGGGUUACUGAAGUUAAAGAAACUUGGGGAAUUAAUCAGUUUAUGAUUCUAUUAAAUUACAGUUUCAUACAAUAAAUUCCCAGAACCUGUGACUUUUCAAAGCAUUGCUGAGAAAGAUUUGGGUAGUUAUUCUGAAUAUUUUAAAAACUCAGCUUUAUAUUCAACAGGGAGAAAUAUAAGUACUGCCCCUGUCCCUCACAGCAUAGUGAAUAAACUCAGAUGUGUCAGUGGCGCCUCCUAUGACCUCACAGCGUCCUGGCUUGUGUGAAUGUGCAGGGAACGCGCUUCACUGAUGUGAGCAUUCCUCUUUCUUACCUUACAUUCUAGUCUCAGAUCAGUCUUGGAACUACAAGCCGUGUGUUGUUUAGUUAAUGGAUACAUUACAGUUGUCACUGGCAGUUAUGUCUUUGCACAGAGUUAAAAUAGAACUUGAUACAGGAGUUUUAAAAAACUUCAUUUGGAAAUUGUAUUUUUUUUUUGGUUUGGAGAUUUGUCUUGCUUUCAAAGUGAGCUAAUUGUCUCAGACUGCUCAUUGGAGCCUCUGUCCUUUGACUUGAUUUGCUUACACUAUGGUGUAAUUUUUUAUUUCAUUAUUUUUGGUGUUGGAGAUUGAACCAGGCCCUCAAGCAUGCUAGGCAAGGACCCCAUCCCCAAUUAUAGCACAAUUUAAAAUACAGCCAAAAUUAGUGAGUGAAGUAUCCACAAAAGGGGCAGCUACGAUGAAUGGCCUGACUUUUUAACCUCCCUACCUCCCUACCAAGGCCAAACCCCACCCAAUUCUAGUUCUCCCCUGCCCCCUUUUUGAGACAGGAUCUCAUUAUGUUAACUCUGGCUUUCCUGUAACUUGCUAUGAAGACCAGACUUAGAAAACUCUUCCUGCCUCUGCCUCCCAACUGCUGAGGGCAGGUUGAUGCCACCAUACCCAGCUCAGUUCUGGUUCUUUAAGAUUUUAUUAAAUGUGUGAGUGCCUGCGUAUACAUCACAAGUGUGCAGUGCCCGCAUAGGGCAGUAGAGGGUGUUAGAGCCCUUGGAACUGGAGUCAUAGUAGUGAGCUGCCACCUAGUGCUGGCGACCGAACUCUCUAAGACCAGGCCAUGAUCUUGGCCCCUGAGCCUGCUCUCCAGAUCCUGGAUCUGGUUCUUAGAAGGUGGAACGAUGCUGCUGCUUUUACCCCUUCCCAGUAAGCCUUAACGUCAGCACAUGGGCUCAGCAGGGCCACUGCAUGCGAAAUGUCAUUUUCACAAAGUGAUAUGUAUUUCAGAUAGUGUACAGAAUGUGAUGGUUGAAAAAUAAGCUUUUAUAAAUGAAACAUCUAAGAGACUUUCUCAUUCGCUCUUCAGUUUAGGUGCCUUUAAGGUACACCGUUUCAUUCUGGCAGCUACAAUAAAUGGCAGGGAAAUGGAAGAUAAUAACUCACCAUUUCAAGAUGCUGCUGUCAUAAUGAAUGUAGACCUAUCCGGGGCUUGGAUUUAAAGUUUAUAGUGUACGGUAUUUCAAAGCCAAGUAUCCAGGAAAUUCAUGGUGAUAGGAUUUGAAUGAGGAGAUUAGGGGAAAGAGAACAGAAGGCUUUCCUUGUGUGGCUGUUAUCUGUUGUGAUACUGUGUUACCGUGCUACUGCAGACAGGAACUUGUUAUCCUGAGGUUGCUGUGGAGUCCAGUUCAUCUUGGAGCUUAUCAAAAAGGAUUGGUUAUUAAAAUAAAAAAGAUUACAACAAGGAAAUACACCCAGCACAGAGCUGGAGUGCUGCUUUGCUGAGAGACCCGUGCCGUAAUGGACCCAGCUGGUAGUCUUGUACUUGGUGCCUUUCUUUCUCACUGCCAUUGCUUGAGCUGUUUAAACUACCCUAGACUCAUUACUGCUUUUAAGAGAGAUUAUUUCAGCAUACAUGUGUACACAGGCAUCUAUUAGCUGUUUCUGAGAUUUCGAUGCUUGUGAUUUGGAUGAUUUCUUAGAGGGACAAAGAGCAUGGAACAUUUUGUAAUUUUGCUAGGGCACAAUCUUAAUUCCUGCUAAUUCCACAAAGGAAGGUAAUAUUCAACCUAGCUGACGAUUCAGUCUCUUGGCUUCCAGUUUUUUCUUUUGUCAUCUGUUCACUUACUCAUUCAGUAAAAUACUUGGCUGAGUCCCUGCGUGCAAAUGUCUGUUUUAGGCAUAGGAGAUUCAGUAGUUGACCCUGACAACUGGGAUUAAAGUUACAUAGGCAAGUACUACUAACCACUGAGCUAUACCCUACUCAAACUUGAAGAUGGUUGCCAUGAGUGAACUUGGGCCCCCCCCCUGCAUUAUUUAUUGAAGACCUAAGCUUCAAUACCUCAGAAUGUUACCUUAUAGUGGAAUGGUGUUAUUGCAUGUGUUAUCAGUGUGAGGUCACUAGAGUGUUUUCUAAUCGCACAUGACAAGUGUAAAAUGAGGCAGUGUGGACAUGUAUACAGAGAGACUCCUGUGUGGAACGAAGACAGAGAUAAGCUUGAUGUUCUCAGGAGUUAAGGGACACCAGUGUCCACAGAGCACCUGCGUAAACUUAGGGACAUUUUAAUGUGGGCAUGGGUGUCAGGACUUCUGUCUUGAAAUGUCAAGGACACACUUUGUUCUUUCUGAAGCCCAAACAUUCAAGCAUUUCUAACAUACUGCCAGUUAUGGUUGAGUGCCAUCUUUUAGACAUUGUUAUGUUUUUCACUCGAACAUUACCAUAUUGCAUGGCAUUUCCCUGAAACAAUGGAGUAGUUAGCUUGAAAUAAUGAAAAUAAAUGCUGAAAACCAUCAUA